GUGACGCUCAAUCGAAGAAGCGUUCACUUCACUUGACUUUACCUCACAUUACCAUACUCAAGCGGCAUACUGAAUUACAAAGGAAAAAGAAACGUUUGGUAUUUGCUUGGUUGAUUUAAUUGGUUUGGUCAUCAUUCUGUUAUUAAAAUUUCCUCAAUAAUCUUACAAAAUUAGUUUGUUAUUUGCAAACAAAACGAAUUACAAUAACAUUUUCCAUGUUUUAAAGUUUUUGUUAUAAAAUUUGUGUUUUUGAAAGUUUUAAAAAGUAUUAUUAUGUCUGCUAAACGUAAGUCAGGAGUAAACAACGCUGGGCCCAACAAACGCCGACCAAAGAAGAAGGAAUCCGAUUACGAAGAUGAAGUAAGUGAUGGUUCGGGUGACGAGGCAAAAAAUGCUUCGGUAGCUGUGGAAGUCCUUAUACCGCACGAUGAAUUGGAUCCACCCACAAAGUUGCCAGAGGAUUUACUUCAAACAUUCGAAAAAGAUGCUGGUCAAUUGAUGAUUGCUGGUAUGGUGACAUGGGAUGCAACUGGUAAAAGGGACCGCAAGAAUGUUGAAAAGAACCGUCCCAAUCUUUUCUCUUUUCAUCGAUUUACAAGUGCAAAGUAUCGCUUUUGUGUUAGUGGCUGUUCAUCAGCUCACAGUAUUUUGAUAAAUAUGGAUAAAAAAGCAUUGACCUUUGGCCGCAACCCUAAUGGACAGUUAGGUUUACCAGAUGUUAAGCUUUGUGAAAAACCAACAAUUGUCCCAGCACUGCAACACUUAAAUGUCAUUCAAGCAGCAUGUGGAAGACAUCAUUCUUUGUUUCUUACAGACACUGGAACUGUCUAUGCUUGUGGUGAAAAUAAGAUGGGACAAUGUGGUGUCGGUAACAAUCAGCCGACCAUAAAUACUCCAACAAGAAUAAACUAUCGAGGACCACCAAUUAUUCGUGUUGCUUGUGGUGCAGAAUUUUCCGUUAUCCUCGAUAUCAAGGGAAAUUUACAUACUUUUGGUUUGCCAGAGUUCGGUCAGCUUGGUCACAAUACUGACGCUAAAUACUUUGUGAAUGCAAACAAAUUAUCAUUCCAUUAUGAAACGUCGCCUAAAAAAGUCGUUCUCUACAUUGAAAAAUCCAAGGAAGGUCAUGUAACUCCUGUCGAUAAUGUUCAGAUUGUUGAUUUUGCCUGUGGAAACAAUCAUACUGUUGCUGUUGAUUCAAAAAGACGUGUUUACAGUUGGGGCUUCGGAGGCUUUGGAAGACUGGGGCAUGCUGAACAGAAAGAUGAGAUGGUGCCCAGACUUAUCAAAUAUUUCGACACACAAGGGCGUGGUGUACGAAGUGUUCACUGUGGGUCCACUUUUAGUUUAGCCGUUAAUGAUAUCGGUGUCCUAUUCUUAUUUGGACAAAACAAAAAGACUGGCGAGGCAAAUAUGUAUCCAAAACCAGUACAGGAUCUUUCAGGAUGGCAUAUAACAAGCAUCGGCUGCGCAAAUACAUCAAUUAUAAUUUCAGCAGAUGACACACUCAUUGCUUGGGGUGCCUCUCCAACAUACGGCGAGCUCGGAAUUGGCGAGUUCCAGAAAUCUUCCACUGUUCCUAAGGAAGUUCCUAAGAUGGACGGCAUGAAAAUUCCCCAAUGCACAAUGGGCUUCUCUCAUUCCUUAAUAUUGGUGAAUACAGAUGAUGAGAACACUAAAAAUAAGUACGAAAAAAUGCCCGAAUACACUAUCGAAGAAUAAUCCAUUAGAUGUAGGAAAAACAUUUGUCUUAUAACAACUUCUCGAAAAAAAAAGAAAAACAAACUAGCCUCCAACAACUUUUAUUUUAUAUAUAUAUAUAAUAGUAAUAAGACUCGUUCAAAAUCAUUAUCGUACGUCGAAUUCAACAUCAUUAAACCACUCAAAAGAAUCAAUUAUACAAAAAGUAAUAAGCCAAGCAAAUCAGUUCACAAAAACCAUUUAAUUUUUUAAUAUAUAACUAUGUAAGCGAAUUUAUUUUGUACUUGAAAUUAAAUAUAAAAAUAUCGAUUUCACCCUCAAUAAUAAUGAUAAUAUUUAUAAAAUAUUUUUUUUUUUUUGUAAUUUGUAAUCAAUAAGUGUUUGGUAAUUUGUUUAUGGUUGAAUUUAUAGUUCUUAAUUGUUCAGUCCGGGUAAUUGGAGUUAUCAAGAAAGUAUUAAAAAUCAAAUUUCUCCUAAGUAGUUGUAGAACGCUUAUACGAAAGAACAAAUAAAUCAACCAAAAAGUAUUUUUGUCAAGAACAAAAAAAAACAAUAAAUCUGAUUACACCGAAAAAACGUUUUUUUU